UGGUACCUUACGCGGAGCACGUGAAGGCAACAUCGCUCUGAUUCAGUCAAGCACGCGGCCAUUCACAGUUUAAGGUCCUUUCGGUGACACUGAAUGCCUAGCCGGUGUGCGCCUCCCUCGUCUUGUGGAUACAUUUAAAGCUUUGGGUGGAAGCGGUGGUUCUUUUUUUUUUUUUUUUAAUUUUUUUUACAAGCGACUUAAAGUCUGUGUUAAGUGCGUGAAACGAUGCUGAUGAAGUUGGAAAGUAAUGAGCGAGGAUGUUGAAGCUGCCGGAAAGCCCGCUUUGUUCGGAGGAGCGCAAGGCUUUUGUGCCGCUGUCAUCCCGCAGCUCAUUCCCUGCUGCUUUGUCUUCACUUGGCCCUCUGAUACCGACCGUGACCGGCAGUGUGGUUUGUCAGUGUCGGACUCCAACCACCAGCAGCAGGUCAGCACCAUGAGUCUGUAUGGAUCCAGCCCCAGUGGUGGCGCUGUUGGUGGUGCGAGAGAAAGAGGGGGAGCAGAACAUUACCGGGAACAACGGCGGCGCUCCAGCGAUCGCUCACGAGACUCCUCCCAUGAGAGAGGAGAGAGCCAGCUGACGCCUUGCAUCAGGAAUGUCACAUCUCCCACUCGGCAGCAUGGAGGCUUCCUUGUUGAGCUUUAUACAUUCCUCUCUCCCUCAGAUCGUGAACGUGGUGAUGGAGGCUCGUCCUCUAGGUCUUCCAGUCCACGCCCUCCCAGGGUUUCUCUUCCCUAUUCCCACAUUGGAGGAACUUUGAUUGGAGGACACAUACCUCGGUCCCUGGGUCCUCCUGGAGUUGACCACCACUCCAAGACUCUGGGCCAAGGACCGUGCGAUAUGAUCUAUGUGUAUGACCUCAGCAGUAAAGAAGGGCAUCGCAGUGGACUGAGACUGGGAGAAAGAGUGACGCUUAUUGUGGACAAUACAAGAUUUGUGGUGGAUCCUGCCAUCUUCACAGCUCAACCCAACACCAUGCUGGGCAGGAUGUUUGGUUCUGGGCGAGACAACAACUUCACACGACCCAAUGAAAAAGGGGAGUUUGAAGUGGCUGAUGGCAUCAGUUCCACUGUCUUCAGAGCCAUCCUGGAUUACUACAAGUCAGGGAUAAUCCGCUGUCCUGAUGGCGUUUCCAUUCCUGAGCUGCGGGAGGCAUGUGACUACCUCUGUAUCUCCUUCAACUACAGCACCAUCAAGUGCAGAGACCUCAGUGCCCUGAUGCACGAGCUGUCUAACGACGGGGCCCGGCGUCAGUUUGAGUGUUACCUGGAGGAGAUGGUGUUGCCACUAAUGGUGGCCAGCGCUCAGAGUGGAGAGAGGGAGUGUCACGUGGUGGUACUGACAGACGAUGACGUGGUGGACUGGGAUGAAGAGUACCCUCCACAGAUGGGAGAGGAGUACUCACAGAUCAUCUACAGCACCAAACUGUACCGCUUCUUCAAGUACAUAGAGAACAGAGACGUGGCCAAGUCUGUGCUGAAGGACAGAGGACUGAAAAAGAUCCGUCUGGGAAUAGAAGGCUACCCGACUUACAAAGAGAAAGUGAAGCGGCGUCCUGGAGGUCGUCCAGAGGUCAUCUACAACUAUGUCCAGCGCCCCUUCAUCCGCAUGUCCUGGGAGAAGGAGGAGGGGAAAAGCCGCCACGUGGAUUUCCAGUGUGUCAAGUCCAAGUCCACCACCAACCUCGCCGCAGCCGCCGCAGACAUUCCCCAGGACCAGCUGGUGGUCAUGCACCCUCCAGGGCCGCAGGUGGACGAGCUAGACACUCUGCCGCAACCGCCAGCCAUCAGUGACCCCCACCAACCGGCGCUCGGGCCAGAGAGCAACAUGACCCCUCAGCUCGCACAGGCCCACGAGGGCCUGAACCAGCAGGCUCAGGACGGUCCGAACCAGGUUGCACACAGCCUGGCCCACAGCAACCAGCAGCAGCACGGCAGCAGCCACACUCAGGCCACUUACCACUACGAGCCGGACCCUGACCCACCGUCACCCUCUGCAUGAGACUGGUUGCACACUUCACCUCCCUUCUACUCCAGUGUUCACACUGCCAGCAACAAGCGCUUUAUGUACAUCAUUACACUGAGCUGAAGUCAGAAGUCGAACCUGCUGAAGAGGAACACAGUGACAUAGCAGAGCACAGAGACCUGGUUGGCUCGCAACAGCCAAAAAGCAAAGUUGAACUUUUCUCAGCCUCAACGAGUGGCACUCGUCCCCACUUGCUGCUUUCAGUGUGAACACAGACUUUGUUCCCGCACAUCCCCACACUCCCCCCUCAUCUCCUUUUCCUCCUGAGUGGCAAAACACCACUUUGCCUUCUCUUGCACCUCCUCUGCAGCCUUUCUCACACAGCAUCUGAAUGAAGGAGAACUGCUCUGCAGCCAAGGAUGGAUGAAAGCACAUCAGCAGGCCUCCUCAUGAUUUGGUUUUAUUUCUAUGAUCAGAGGAGAAUUGAGUUGCAUUCUGUAUACAUGUUAAAAGACAGAGUACUGUAUGUUAUUUUGCUGAAGCAUGUGUGACAGCUGUGAAUGUGCAGUGCUGAGUGUGCAUUGUGCUGCUAGGAUACUGUAGCUCUCAGAAAGUGGAUAUCAGUGCCUCUUCAUGGUUGAUUUGGGGGCCAGUAACUGAUGUGAAGAUUCACUUUUUCCAGCAUAUGCGAAGGUCUUAAUGAAAGAGUGAAGUUUUCCUUUUACACAACAUAGAUGAGGAUUUUUCCACUCUCCUUUAUACCAGUUGAUUUGGUUCCUUGUAUGUUUUUAUGCCCAUGUUUUCACUUUUUUGCUCCACUCCUGUUUGAGUCCUGACUGAGCUGCUCUGAACACUGCACAGGUUUAGCACCACUGCUGUGAGCACACACGAUGUCAGAGAAGAUGUCGAACACAAUGUUUUUCAAAUAAAGAGUAUUCACAACA